CCUACUGAUGUACCAGGUAAACUACCCAAACCAGGGAACCCAGGCCAAGAACUCAGCCGUAUCUCCUGCCAAAAUCAUCGAAGACUCCUGGACCAUGGAUGGAUUUGUUUCUGCUGAGCCCGAUGGUUCCAGUUACGUGUUCCAAGGCUUCAUUCAGGGAAAAGACUACGGACAGUUUGGACUCCAAAGACUAGGUCUAAACAUGUCUGAGAGUCAUAAUUCUCCACCGCCUCAACUCGGUACCAACAGUAGUUCUGUGGCUAUCGCUAUUCUGGUGCCUUUUUUCGCUCUGAUCUUCACCGGUUUUGGCUUUUAUCUCUACAAACAAAGAACAACACCAAAAACCCAGUACACAGGCUGCUCAGUACAUGAAAACAAUAAUGGCCAAGCUGCCUUCGAGAACCCUAUGUACAACACCAACGCCAAGGCAGUAGAGGGGAAAGCAGUGCGCUUCGAUCCCAAUCUAAAUACUGUCUGCACCAUGGUCUGAGGAUUGAUUAUCCUCACUUGAAUUAAAGAACUCCAAUAUCUAAUGGGACCACUCGUGGUGCAAAGUUGUGGAGGUGGGAGCAGGUUGCUUCGACUUAGAGCUGGCCACAAAGCUAAAAAUGGAUUGGAAAUAGUUUUUGGUCCAAUUUCUCUAAAGUAAAAGGAAACCCACUCUCCAUGAAUAAAAGGCAUUUGCAAUCUUCUGAUGAAACAGACUGGAAGAAAAAGUCCCAGGUGAAGUAUAGAGAUGAUUCUACAGAAAACACAGGCCAACUUUACAUAAAAUCAAGUACAGCCCAUAUUAUACAUGAUCUGCAUCUUCAGCAGCAGAAGUGUGA